CGUUACGCAUGCGGCGUCAAAAGAGCGUUGAUGUCGCCAUGGCAUUGUGUACGUCAUCAAUACGUUUACGUCACUUCAACAACUCAUGGAAAGGUGCCGAGCAGAUUAACUGAAAGCAGAAUGAGAGUAUACGUUUGGAUGCCAGUCGACAACUUAGUCGGCCACUCUUCGCUUAGACUCUCCGAUGGAACCUACAUCAGUUGGUGGCCCGAUGCAGACAAGGAAAAACAGUUGCCCCUGGUUACAUUAAAGGCCAGAAGCAGCCCCUCGCUUGCGAAGGACAUCCGAAGUGAAGGACGUCGUCCAACGCACAUCUUCAACAUAAGGAACAGGUUCCAGGAAGAGCAGAUAAAGCAGUGGUGGGAGACAUACAAGCACGAAGGGUCCUACAUCCUGGGCUCGACCAAUUGCUGUUGGAUCGUGUAUAGAGCCCUGACGGAAGGUGGCGCCCCGUGGCAGUAUAAUGUGACACCAUGGAGGCCCAAUGACGUGAAGUGCUACUGUGAGUCGCUGAACGAAUACUAUCAAGCAACAGUUAAAAAAUCACCAUCUGAGGAAAAGCGCGAGAAAGAGACUUCGUUUUUAGACCCCUUUUAGCUACAGAGUGCAAGCACGUACAUCGAUAUGUCACCUAGAAGGAACAGCAUGCUCGGACAAUGAGCGGAGUUUUGAAGCUUUGUACAUAUGUAUAUACGUUCAUUGUGUAUUAUUAUAGAUGAGUUAUCUUCGUUACUUUAUCGCUGACAUUAAAGCGUUUAUUUCUAGCUUGUUCAUGAUUACAGGUUUAUCGUUGUUUUGAUUAAUCAUGCGUAAAAUUAACCUGUUUAGUGUUAACCUAUUCAUGAAUAUAGCUCCUUGGUGGUUUUAGUUUAGGUUUUUUAUUUUAUUAUUUAAUGCAUUUUUUUGUAGCUUGUUCAUGUUCACUUAGAGCCAGUGGGUUCUGUUUUCGCUAACACUGGGUUAUAAUAUUAUGCACAAAUAUGACGCUGCACAUCUUGUAUUAAUAAUGUAAACUUACUAGAGAAUAUCAAGGGAUAACAAACAGAAUUAAUUAUGUCCGCUCGUUAUACAGCUGAGAGCAGUCCACUAGUUCGCUUCUUAAGAAAUAAACAUUGUAGCUAAUUUUGGGAUGGAUAGAAAUAGAGGAUAAUAAACUUCCUACUAUGUAUUAUCAAAUUUAAGCCCCUAGUGAAAUAUGUUUUCUGUCCCAAGCUUUAGUGAGUGACAAAGGGAACUUAUGCCACGAGGGACGUACACUUUAUAAUACAUAGUAGUGAUAUUAUAUUUAUUACUCCCAACAUAGUACCGAGUUUAAUAUUCUAUUUAUAACUUGCUAACUUUGAUACGUAAAUCGUGCCAGUAAGAAGGCGCUGUAUUUAUAUACCAAACCUCUCAGAAACAGCUGAUAAAUAGAUAAACCCCUGGCUCUUAAGUUCGUCACUGUUUAAGUUCAAUUUGGUCUUGUUCCACUUCACCUUUUGAUAUGUUAGUAUAUUUAUUUUAAACUUUAUCAUGUAUAUACGGUCGCUAUUAUUUUUUAUUGUCUUUUUUUAUAUAAAAAUAUUUAUAAUGAA